GGAGCGAGAGAAGGCUAUCGGGGCACCCCGUCCAGUCGGAGACCGCCCGGGCCCGCGACAGGAGCCAGACGCGCAGGGCCGAGAGGAGAGCAGACAUGCUCCCGGAGAUAGCCGCCGCCGUGGGCUUCCUCUCCAGCCUUCUGAGGACUCGGGGCUGCGUGAACGAGCAGCGACUGCAGGUGUUCCGCGGGGCUCUCCAGGCGGCGCUGACGGAGCACUACAAACACCAUUGGUUUCCUGAAAAACCAUCCAAGGGCUCUGGCUACCGCUGCAUCCGCAUCAACCACAAGAUGGACCCCAUCAUCAGUAAAGUGGCUAGCCAGAUUGGACUCAGCCAGCCUCAGCUGCACCGAUUGCUGCCCAGUGAGCUGACCUUGUGGGUGGACCCCUAUGAGGUGUCCUACCGCAUUGGGGAGGAUGGCUCCAUCUGCGUCCUGUACCAGGAGGCCCCAGUGGCCACAUCCUAUGGACUUCUCACCUGCAAGAACCAAAUGAUACUGGGCAGGAGCAGUCCUUCAAAGAACUACAUCAUGGCAGUCUCCAGUUAGAUCACUUGCCAGCCCCAGCUGGCACUCUUCUGUACUCAACCCUGCUGUGACAGCAGGCCACUGCGUAUCUCAACCUGGGGAACUGUAUUUUAAAUGAAGAGCUAUUUAUAUAUAUAUAUAUAUAUA